UGAUAAUCAAUUGGGAAAAAUCCCAUAUUUUUUUUCCCGUGUCAACACUGAUGUUAUUGUAUUAUGCCGGUAUUAAAAUGUGGUUAUUAUCUUUUAUCAGUGAGUGGUAUCGUCUUAAGUAAUAUGCCAUUAUAAUGGCAGUUGGGCCUUGGGCGUUUACAACAUUUUGUGAUAACCGAUAAUAUUAUUAUUCAUGUGCACGUGCAUUUUGCCGCUGUAAUUAGUUAUCAUUUACCGUUAUUCUCCGAAUCUCGUCCGGUACUCGAACGAGUAACUCGUUGUUACGUUACGAAUUCUGUUUCUAUUGCUUAGUGAAGAAUAUCAACUAUAUUAGUAAGUAUUCUUUUAAUUAAACCACAUAGGUAGAUAGUUUUAAUCAGUUGAUUCAAUUUAAUUUAUGUUAUAAACUCUAGUUUGUAAUGUUAAAAAAGCAGCAGCAACUGCCCUACGGAGACAUCAUCGAAUUGCUAGGUGAUGGGAGAGAUUCAGAACUAUCAUCAUUGUCAGGCGACGACGAUGAUUUUGUUGAUGACAAUGAAUACCCUCGUUCAGAAAUCGAAAAGUCUAGCAAAGAACAAAUGUUUGAAAAUGUACUUGAUGAUUUUGAACUGUUUGAUUUCGAAGAUGAUGAAGAUUUCAACGUUUUUGGCAUAAAUAAUGAAACAGUUGAAGAUGAACAUGAACCACUGCAACAAGGUGAACAGCAAUCAGAUAACAAUGCUUAUGCUAGGCCAAGUACACCUGCAAUACCACCACAUCAUAUAGCAAUAAGACCUGUAGUUGAACACGGACUACACCUCAAUAACCUACCAUAUUACACAAAAAAUGAAAUUAAAUGGUCAAAUAGACCAUUUGUCAGUAGUUUCUUAAAGAUUUCGCCACCAGCUCCAGAAUUAUCAACUACUUAUAGGACUCUAUCACCAAUAGAAUAUUUCAGUAAAUAUUUUCCUGAGGAAGAGUUUGAAAAUAUGGCCAAGUACACAAAUAUUUAUGCCAAACAAAAUAAUUUCAUAAAUUAUGUAGAUACUACACCUUCAGAAAUGAAGGUGUUUGUGGGUAUACAUUUGAAAAUUGGUUGUCAAAAACCUAGUAGAAUAAGAUUAUGUUGGACUAAUGACGACAGAGUAAAUAUAAUUGCUGAUAAUAUGUCUCGAAAUCGUUUUUUUCAGUUGAGGUCUUGUUUUCAUGUAAUGAAUAAUGAUGACAUUCCUGAAAACAAUGUUGAUAAAUUUAUAAAAGUUAGACCACUUUAUAAUUCUUUUUUAAAACGUUGUAAAGAAUUGCCAGUAGAAACUAAUCUAGCUGUAGAUGAGCAAAUGGUCAAAUUUAAAGGGAAAUUAGGUGUCAAACAAUAUAUGAAAGGCAAACCCUGCCCUUGGGGUAUUAAAAAUUUUUUACUCUGCUCUGCUAAUGGUAUGGUUUACAAUAUGAUUUUAUACCAGGGCAGUUCAACUGAAAUAAAUCAUGAAAUACAAAAAAAAUAUGGCCUCGGGGGUUCCAUAGUUUUACAAUUAGUUGAACACAUAGAUAAAAAUGAACAUUAUUUAUAUUUUGAUAAUUAUUUUAGUUCUUACAAUCUAUUUACAUCACUUGAUUGUUUGGGAAUUAAAGCAGCUGGGACAAUUAGACUUAAUCGUUUUGCUAAUCCUCCAGUUGUGAGCGAUAAAGAGCUAAAUACAUUAGGAAGAGGAGCCUCAUAUGAAGUUACCUCAACAGAUGGAAAAGUUGGUCUGAUUAAAUGGUUGGAUAACAAAUCUGUUACUCUCGCUUCUAACUUUGUGACUUCAGGCAGCCCAGAUAUUAUUAAACGAUAUGAUAAAAAAAAUAAAUCUUAUGUUGAAGUAUGUCGCCCUGAAAUUGUAAAAUUGUAUAAUGAUUCAAUGGGUGGGGUGGAUUUGCAUGAUCAACUCAUUAGCUACUACAGAGUAUUUAUAAAAUCUAGAAAAUGGACUUUGCGUAUGCUCUUUCAUUCCUUUGAUAUGGCCACUUGUAAUUCAUGGUUAGAAUAUAGAAAUGAUGCUGAAGCAAUAAAUUUACCAAAAAAAAAAGUAAUGGACUUAUUAGGCUUUAAGCAAAAUUUAGCUUCAACAUUAAUUUCUAUAGGGAGUUCUGUAGUAACACCUUCCAGAAAACGAGGGCGCCCGUCGUCAUCUAACAAAAUUAUAGUUCAACCUAAACCUCGCACAAAAAAUCGUUUAAUUGAUAGAUACCCUACUGAUGUGAUAAGAAAAGAUAACAUUGGCCAUUAUGUAUACAUAGAUAACUUGAGAGAUGCCACAUUCUGUAAAUUAGAGGGGUGUAAAAAAAGAACCCAUAUGGCAUGCAAAAAAUGCAAUGUCCAUUUAUGUAUUACUAAGACAAGGAAUUGUUUUUUUGAUUAUCAUAAUUAAAUAUUUAAAUCUUAUUAUAAUUAUGUACCUAAGUUUAUAUAUAUAAUUAUUAACAAUGUAACAGAUGAUCUUUUAUUUUAUAUUUAUUUACCUAAUGUUAUUACUACUUAGAAGGAUGUUUUUUAUUUGUUUUAUCGUUUUAUGUAACUGCAAAGACUGCCACAGUAUAACCAUUGUGAUAAUGAUUAUAAACUUUAUUUUUUAUUGUCUUAUUUAAUUUUAUAUUAAUUGUUCUAAUUUUUAAUUUUUAAAAAUUGUUAUUUAUAUUUUGUUUUUACGAAUAAAGAUUAUUCAUAUGAUGUAGUGCGUUAUACGUUAAAGCCCAAUUGCCAUUAAAAUGGUAAUGUAAGUUAUUAUAUUUAACGCCCAAAUGCUAUUAUAAUGACAAGUCACCAAAACUGAAGUUUGGGUAGUCAAAAAAUUUCAAAAUUCGAAAUUUCUCUU